GAAGAGAGUAGUGACACAUGCAUUGUUUAAUGAAUGAAUGGAAUAAUAAUUUAGAGGUAAAGCUUGAUUUUCUAUGGGCCUGAGACUUGUAGCCUGUUCUGUCCAUGGGAGAAUCCAUCCAAGAAUUUUAAAACAAAAAAAAAUCUCCCCCAAAGACAACAACUGGACAAUAGGGAAACCCUGGCUUCUCCUUUCUCUCAUUUUUACCCCAAUUUGUCUCCUUUCCCUCUUCUUCAUCCCCACCUUCUUCAACCUCCGACUUUUUUUUCUUUAUUCUCAAAUAAAAACCGUUUUUUGCUUCAUCCCCACCCUGCGAAAACCCUUUAAUUUCUCAAUUCCAGGGCUUUUUCUUCAUCUUACUCUCUCCUCACGGCGCCAUGAAUCCAAAAAAGCUUGAUUUUUUGCCCCUGCAUUGAAAAAAGUUGGGAGCUUUUGCGAAUUUGCGUUGUGAAAGGUAAAAAAAAAAAAAAAAAGUUAUGUAUAGUCAUAGAGAUCGAGGAGGAGGAAGGGGAGGACCGUUGGAUCGGAAGCGCAUAAACGAUGCGCUGGACAAGUCUUCCCCGUCCACUUCGAGGGGCUUCAACAGCAAAGACAAAGGAAGACCCUCUGUUCCUUCAACUUCCGCUGGUAAAUCCCUGCUUUCUCAUCGCGAUUCACGUUCCAAAGCCAAAUGUUCUGCUGAGGAGUCAGAAACCGACAGUGAAGAAUCAGACGUUAGUGGUUCCGAGGGAGAUGACACAUCUUGGAUUUCAUGGUUUUGCGGUUUGCGAGGCAAUGAGUUCUUUUGUGAAGUUGAUGAUGAAUACAUCCAAGAUGACUUCAAUCUUUGCGGGUUGAGCAGUCAAGUUCCAUAUUAUGACUACGCCCUUGAUUUAAUAUUGGAUGUUGAAUCUUCUCAUGGUGAUAUGUUCACCGAAGAACAGAAUGAAUUAGUUGAAUCAGCUGCUGAGAUGUUGUAUGGUCUUAUACAUGUACGUUACAUAUUAACUAGCAAGGGAAUGUCUGCUAUGUUGGAGAAGUACAAAAGCUACGAUUUUGGGAGAUGCCCUAGAGUUUAUUGCUGUGGACAAUCUUGUCUUCCAGUUGGUCAGUCAGAUAUUCCUCGUGCCAGUACCGUGAAAAUCUACUGUCCUAAGUGUGAAGAUGUAUAUUAUCCUCGGUCCAAGUAUCAAGGCAAUAUCGAUGGAGCAUACUUCGGGGCGACAUUUCCACAUCUAUUUCUGAUGACGUAUGGACACCUAAAGCCACAAAAGGCAACGCAAAACUACAUUCCCAGAGUAUUUGGGUUCAAGAUCCACAAGCCCUGACCUGACCUACUUGUGCUUGUAGGAGUUUUGUGUUGAGAGCGUCUGGCCAUUUUCACUUAGCUUUGGUGCUUCCUUGGUUGCGCUGCCCAGCAUGGUGAAAUACAUCAAUUGUUACGAUUGACAUGCCAAUCAAAAUGUUUCAAACCUAUUGGUAGUUGAGCACAGCAUAUUUCUGAAAUUUAUGUAAUGUAUUUGAUUAUUAAUGUAUAUGUUUAGAAUUUAAAUUAUCUAACAUAUAUUUAUGUAUAUAUAAUAAUAAACAUUUUGUCCUUAAAA